CUUUCUUUCGCUGACUCCAAACAGGAAGUGCUUCCUGCUCUUCCUGUCGUAGGUGACUGCGGGGGCUAAGGCCAGAGAGGGAGAGGCUGCAUUCUGCCUGCUGUUGAGGAACAGUACAGCUCUAAAGAUGGAGGUGGAUCUCAGUGGAGUGUCGAGGGCUCACGUUUCCAUUCUACCUGCAGCUGAGAUCAAAGCUACAUUGAAAGCGGAGGCCGAAAGACCUCGUUGCGCCAGCACGCCAUGCUCCCCAAUCAGAGGUACUGUAGCAGGAUACCAGAUUCUCCACAUGGACUCAAACUAUCUGGUGGGGUUCACAACUGGUGAAGAGCUGCUCAAGUUGGCCCAUCAAUGGUCUGAAAACUCCCCAGAGAAGAGUUUGCUCUCAGAGGUUGUGCCUAGCCCCAUCCAGACCGGAAUCUCGAAAUCUUUAGACGUGGGCAUUCACCGGUCUUCAAGAAUCUAUAAAACCAAAAACCGCUACUACCAGCCUUACGACAUUCCUGGUGCUAAUGGUCGGAGAAGGCGGCGCAUGUCCAGCUCGAGUGACACCGUUCUCAGAUCCAUGAUUACAGGGGAUCACGGGAAGGGUGUGCAUGCACCACUACUACCUCUGUGUCGUCUUAAAGGGAAGAGGACCCAGUCCAAAUCUUUGGAAUACUUAAAUCUUGACAAAAUCGCUAUCAAAGAAUCAUCAGACACUGAGGUGUUACAGUACCAACUACAGCACCUCACCUUACGGGGAGAGCGCAUGUUCACUCGAAACAAAACGUAAAAGCACAGAAGAUGAUGUAAUCACACUGGUGGGGGGAGAUGGAUGCUAUUUCCAUCAUGGCUUUUGUGCACCCAGAUUAGAAGCAGUUCUUGAAAAGACUGCCUGGUAAUCGUGCUGUUAUUAACCGGGAUUAAACCCUGCACUGAACACGUAACAUUGAAGAGUACCUUGUUAGUACUCACACAGUAUUGAGAUUGUGGAGGUCCAAAAUGUGAAUUAUAUCUUAGCAAUAACUGGUUUAUUUACUGUAUUUAUUACAACUGGUACAUGCACAUAUCACAUUGUAUCAGAUUUAAAUUACAAUCAUACCAGUUUUACUACCUAAUAUAAUCUCAAAAAAGAUGUUCUUUUAAUAAAACUGUUGAAUACAACUGUCAAAUUAACAUGAUCAAUCACUUGUGUUUGUUUGGUACAUUGUAUUUAUUUAAUCCCAUCAUUUAAGAUUUACGUUAUUAAAUCACUUCCUGAAGAUGUACUUUUAAAGAUUGUGUGAUACAAAUACAGAAUCCGUUUAUAAGGCAACGUUAACGAUCUAAUUGAUUCAACUAAUCACUGUUUGAAUCUUGCAUUGAAAAGACAGUUAAUUAUGAUCAUAAUGAUCAGAUUUAAUUAAUAAGAAUAGAAUACAAUUUAGCAGUUUAAGGGUGUUUCACCUCCCUCGAUAGCUGUUUAACAACAAAAUCCAAUAUGAAUGUUAACUUCUGAUGAAUAUUUACAGGGAACUGAAAAUAUUCAUACAACAUUCAUCUAUUGAAUAUUCUCAAUUUUCUGACCACUUUCACAAUCAAUGGAAUUACAAGAGAUGUGGCCAAAAAAAAAUGCCAAUACAGAAAUAAUGCAAAUUACAUUUGCAGAAAACCCCACAUUAUUUAAAUUGGUAGAUUUUUUUUCAUUGCUUUGCAUUGGAUGUCAUGAGAUUGUGCAAGUGGUUAGAAUGUUGUGAAUGCUCUCGCUUCUGUUGACAAAUGGUCAAAAAUAAUAUAAUGCAGGUAUUUAUCUUUUUAAAGUUUUAUCUCAGUCUGUUCCUUACAGUUUGAAGAUUAAAAUUAACUUGAACUGCUGAGUCCUUGCUUGAGCCUCAGAAUAAAUCUUUUGCACUGAGCAAAUAUUGUGAUACCGCACCUGCAUCCCACGUGGACAUGACAAGGAAAAUAUGGAACAAGACUAGACCGGACCAAUUCACAUCCUGGAGAAUAUCAAAAACACAAAUAUUUAGGUGGAAAAUCACUUCAAACCGUGUAUCUGUUUUAUAUUUAGUCUUUUGCUUGCAAAUAUCUUUAGGAAAUGCAUUGUCUUUAUGUGCAUUGUUUGUCACUUGUCUGUUUAAAACUUUCAAAAUCACGCUGACACACUGCUGCUUCAUUUAAAAUUUGCAAAGCCAUGGGGAGUUCUACAGUUGUGGAGAAAUAUUUGUACACUUGUUUUGCGGGGGCUGGGUGGUCUAUUGUCUUGCUUUUGAAUGAAUGAUUUUGUCAUGUAACAGAUCAUCUCCAGUGUGGGAUGUGAUAUGCAAUAUAAGUAAUAAAAUGUUACUUAAUUUACUUAAAUGAAUUAAUGGAUGUUAUGUUCAUUGUUAUUAACAAAUCAAAACAUUCAAAAAGUGUACAAACCAAACUGUACUGUAUACACUCACCUCCUGUCUCACAUACCUGUUUCCAAUCACGGAUCACACAUGUACUUACAUGUACCACUUGAUGUUAACGAAUGACUGUUACACUACUGAUUAAAGCUUACUGCAAUUUAAAUGACAAGAGGAAGCUUGUUGUUGGGUUUCUACCUGAUAUACCUGUUUAUCACUGAAGCAAGGAUGAUAUAAAAAGUUCGCAAAACAUCAGUCGACAAUCGUGUACAAAGGACAUUAGUUUUCAAUUAAAAAAAAAAAAAAACGUGAAACUGAAAAAAUGUGAAUAAAGAAAGACAUGAGCAGAAGAUAAUUGAUGCAUCAUGAGAGCUGUUGGGUCACAACUGUCAAAUUAACUUCCAACCCUUUUAUGUCAGCAACAGCCUCAGCCAAAA